AUGGCACCCACACCUAUCUAUAUACCCAGCUCAUCGCUUACACCAUUGCCUUCGCAAGGUUCAGCCAAAAGUCUGCGCUCAAGUCAAGCAUCAACCCCACCAAAGAGUCCAGCUUAUCGCGAACAGAAUGCUCUUCCCUACGAGCUGCGGGAACAUUGUUUGAUUUAUUUUGAAGAGAGUCUACAUACACAGGCACUCAAUCUCCUCCUCUCCGUCCUCUCAUCAGGCGCGACACCUCCAUCUUAUCUACCUGCCAUCAUUGCACCGGCGCACUUCUUGUCUCUGAUUGCGACUCUCAGCGUUCAUCCAACAUUGACCCAUCGAGCGAGUACAAAUGAUCGCGCUCAUGCUGGGAAUCUAGCUCUACGAUACUUAAGAGCUACGCUCUACAGUGUUGGACCAAUCCAUGGAGGUCUCGCAGAAGCCUUUAGAUUUAAGUCUAGAAGUAGUGCGCCUGCUAGGAAUGGAAGAGUAUCACGAAGGAGAACUCAAGAAGUAGACGUCAAGGAUGAUGACUCAGAAGAAAUCAACAACGACCUCGCAAACGUAGCGUCCCUCUGGGUCAGGGCGGAAGGAUUCUGGCACGUUGUCGGCUGGAGCUUCAAUUGCAGCAUAUUACACCACCGACGGUGGGAAGUCUGGCGAGACUGGCUGGAAUAUAUGAUCGACGUUCUAGAAACAGAGUGGAAUUUGCGGGUCAAUAAGGAUGACAAUCUGGAAACCAGCAUAUUAGCUCAAUACUGUGGGGGCGACGGCAAAAUCGCUGGCUUGAGCAAGCGAAUCUUGAGAGCUGUGUUCGCGGAUGGAAGCGGAAGGGCUGCGAGUGAGUUCGGAGAGGUGUGGUCGAAGGAGACCAGAGAGCUGAAAAAGGAUGGCGAUGAAAGGAAAGUGGACAAAAUUGACAUUGACGCUGACAACUACGGGGAUUAUAUGGAUGAAGAAAAGGAUGCCGAUCUUGAAAGUGCCCCAUCAUCUUCUGAUGAGGAUUCUGAAUCACAAACGAAGCGUGUCCCAAAACGAAAGGAAAUCGGAGUUGUAAAUGGGUCGAAACACUUGGGAGGCAUGGAAGCGCUCACCCUUCGCCUACGCCUUCUAUCUUUGCUAUCGAACGUUUCUGCACAAACACCGCAGUCAUUUAUGGCCAUGAGAAAUUUUUACGAUCUUUUGCUAGAGCACAUCAGACCAUUACCUUUACCAACUUUUUUCCUCAUCAUGUCUCCAUCUGGACUGCGGUACUUCAACGUCUCCGCAGCGUCAUCCCUGACUCAGUAUAUUCUGCUAACAAUGAUGGCUGCAAACGCGCCACAACCUCCUAACGAUCAUCUCGACCAAGCUUUACUGGAACGCUGCUACUUGCCGUGGGCAGCAAAUUCGGCAGCGGUGGUAGAGAACACCAAAGUAAGCCUUUGCGUGGAGACUCUGCUGAGACUUUUGGAUAGAGAGGGCGCGUUGCGUGGGACGGACGAACUAAUGAAAGCUGCGGAGAUUGGUAUCGAAGCCAGGCGCGAGAAGUCGAGCAGCAGCAGCCGCAGCAAAGGCAGGAAAGGACGACGAUCCAGUGAAUUGAAUAGUGAUCAGAUGUGGUUGGAAGCUAGCGCCCAGAGGAUCCGGGCAGUCAUUGAUCUAGCGAAGAGGAAUGCCGAACAAGAGAUUUCUGCUUGA